AUGGCGCAGCUCAUCUCAUUGCGACUGCUUCUCGCCUUCCUGCUGUCAGCCUGCGGUCGUGGCAGCUUUCUACCCGCUAUGAAGACCCUUCAGGGGCCCAUGGGAGCGAUGGCAAAGAAAGCGAGGCGCCUUCAGAUGGGGAUGGACCAGGAAUGUAUGACCAAGUGCCCUGGCCUGCUCUUCAUGAUGACGGACCUGAUGUCUGGCAUGCAGACCAACCCACCUGCAGGAGAUAAUGCUAGUGAUGCUACUGCGGGAUUCGAUGCCCUUGCAACCAUGAUGGGAGCAAUGUUCACAGCGAUGUGCAAGCACUCGGAAGCCAUGACUUGCAUGAUGACAGAGUGCGUGGACCCGAACGCAGCACCUACAAAUGGCGACGCGGGAGAGAUCGGUAUUGACUCGCUGCAGCAGUUCAUGCCCUGCUUGUGCGAUGCUUGCCCAGGGUUUAUGGACCUCUUCACAAGCCUUGGGUCGACUGCGGCCUUGCUCGAGAACGUAACGAACAUGACGGAGGUGGGCCCUCAAGCCUUGACCGUGAUGUGCCCGAUGGUCUCAGCCACAGAAUGCCUUUCGACCAACGCGGCAUGUUCGGCCUUCGUCCAAUCGAAUGGCGAUCUUGGGGCGGAAGCGGGCAACAUCAGCAUGAUCAAAUCGCAGUGCGAAGAAGCUGGCUUCCGGCAGCCCUUUCGCUUUGCAGCAGGCUGGAGCGAUUCUUCGGAAAGUCUGGCGAAAGGCAUCGUGGGUCGAUAUUUUUCACCGUUUCCGAUUUGCUGCUUUCUGAUGAGUGGCUGCGUCAAAGAUGCGGACAAGGGUGACUAUGCCAGAAUCCUCGAUUAUUACCUUUUGCCGCCGAAGGUGGGCAUGCACCUGGAUUUCCUGGGGCCGCAGGAGUUGAGCGACCCGAGCUUGGAGGGGCUCGGCCACUUCCUGCUGAAGGACACGUCGCCGCUGGGCGAUUUCGUGAUCUUCGAAAAGGCCGAUUCUCCAGGCAGCUUCUUCCGACGCUUUCCGAUUCACCGGAUGCUCAUAAGCUUGAACAAGAGGCACACGAGAGUCCAGAAUGCCGAGUUUCGAAUGCGACACGAUUGGAACUCCCUGAUCGGGACAGGUGAUGCAGGGAUCUCGCCCGUGACUGCAAGAACCUCCGAGCUCUAUCCCCAUGCGGAUGUCCUCGCCCAGUACCUGGAGGACUUCGGGGAGCACCUCCGGAAGAAGAUUCAGUAUAGCACCGAGGUCCGCGAGAUUAUCCCGGCGAGCAGCAGACAUUUCGAAUUGGACCUUGCAGGCCCCACGGGUUCGGCGCGACACCGUUGUGGACGCGUGGUGCUCGCCACAGGGCUGCAGCCCAACAGACCGAGCAGCAUCAUCGGGGAGGAGCUCCUCACCGGCUACGAGGACCUGCCGCAGACCGGCCAGGCAUUUGAGAAUCGCUCGGUGCUGGUCUGGGGCUUCGGGAAUGCAGCGCAUGAGACCAGUCGCGAGCUGCAGAAGCACACGCAGGCGAUCACCCUGCUCCAUCGCACGCCGGCGCCCUCGCCCACGGCCCCAAGACCAUCGGCGCUGCCCCGCUUCGCGUUCUUCACCCACUAUCCUGGGGACAUCCGGACUGUGACAAUGCAGAUCUACGACUCGUACCUGUUGAAGGCACUGGAUGUGAAGCUGCCUUACGCCGGAGAGGAGGAGGAGCCUGUGUUUUUGCGGUGUCUACAGCGCAUGCUGUGCAUCUGGGUUUCCAAGCGCAGUCGCUGUGGUGGAGCAGGUGAAGAGCGUCAUAUCCUACCGAAUCGCCUGGUUCCGGCGUCUGCUCCCCGGCAGUGCGCCGUUUCGGUGGGUCCGCUCGAGGCCGAGGAUCCUGCAGCUGCUCCGCUGCUGAUGCUUCUCGCAUCUCUAUCCCGUCGGGGCCUGGCCGUGGAUGGUCGGGACUUUGCCUGGGAGGCACCUGCCGAGGAGCAUCCUGCCUUGGCUUCUCGACUUGCAGAGCUUGGCUACAGGAGCGUGGACGAGUAUCUGUCGGUGCGGCAGAGUGAAGGCGUCGCCUGGAACGCGGCGUUCGUCCGACGUGGCCGGCGUCUGGAGCUGAGCUCCGAGUUCCUGGCGACACAGAGACCUUUGCUGGAUCUUGUGGCGAGGUUGCGGCCCCAGCUGAGCCAAGAUCCACUGCGCCAUCCCUUCGAUGUCGGAAUCCGCUGCCUGGGCUGGCGCGGGGCCGUACCGAGUGUGGCAGGUCUGCGUGAGACAGGCAAGUAUCCCAUGAUGGAUGCUUCGUACCAGUCUGCAACGAUUCCGGGACUCUACUUCGCAGGCGCGCUGAGCCACGGCAGGGACUACCGGCGCUCGGCUGGGGGCUUUAUUCAUGGCUUCAGGUACACAGCCCGUGCUCUGUACCGGAUCCUGCGGAGGGAGCAGGCAGGUUGGCCGAACGUGUCCUUCGCUGUGAAUGAGGAGCCUUGGAUGCAGCAGGUGCUUCGCCGGAUAAAUGAAGCCGCAGGCCCCUACCAGAUGUUUGGUGAGCUCGUGGAUGUCCUGCUUUUCAAGGAUGGUCCAGCUGGCCUCGUCGUGCAGUACCUUGAAGAGGUGCCGAUGGCCUAUGCCCAGGAGAACAACGACUUCCGCCGCAGUCCGCGCUUGAUCCUCAGCUUCGUCUACGGCCGUCAGUUCAGCCCCGGGGACCUUCCAAGCCCCGGUGCCGUGGGGGCUGAGUUCGCCGAGCUGUCCGCUUUCCUCCACCCGCGCCUGGAGCUCUUCGAAGCCUUUACAGGUAGCGGCCAUUCGUUGCCGGUUCAUACACACGCCGUGGUGGAAGAUGUCUUUACGGAGUGGCAGUCGUUCGUCGGCCAUGUGGAUCCACUUUUCCGAUUCCUGGCUGCCAGCGCCAAGAUGGCUUCGAAAUGGCUGCGGGCAGAAGGUGCGGUGGCGGCGGUGGUUUAG